UGUCCUUUCUUGAGUAAUGAAAUUGUCUGUUAUAAAAAAAAAAUUACCAUAAAUUUAGUCCAGCGGCUCUACCCUCCCAAGAGAACUUGAUAAGUGAUAAGUGACAACUCGGUACUCCAAAUAUCAGAGGGAAACCUCGAUAAUUUCUAUGGCUAUUCGGAUUGAAUUCUGAUUUCCUCCCACCUGCACUUGUGCUAAUCCUUAAUUAAUAAAUAUCUCUCUCUCUCAUCCUACUUUUCCUCUCUCUUGUCCACAUUCUUUUGUUCUCUCUCCGUUAUUUUCUCUCUCUCCCUCGUAAUCGCUCCAAACAAGGAUACGAUUGAGAAAAGGAUGCGCGGACUUGAGGUGAAGCACAUUGACAAGGGAAAAGGAAUUAUUCAGGAGAUAAUCAAUUGCCCAAAUAGUGAUUAUGUGGGUGGUAAGAAAGAAAGGAUCAAUCAUGUCGAUAGCGUAAUCGAUUCGUUUCCACCGGGUUAUCGAUUCUGCCCCACGGAUCAAGAAUUGGUGGUUGAGUACUUGAGGGAGAAGGUCGGGAGAAAGCGUUUGCCGUUAAACAGGAUAAUGGACGUCGACCUUUACUCCUGCAGCCCUCGACAACUCUCCGAGAUGUACGAGCUAAAACGAGAAGAGGAAUGGUACUUUUUCACGUCGAGAAACAAGAAGUACCCUAAAGGAAAGAGGCCGAACAGAGCCACAGGUAACGGCUUCUGGAAGGCUAGCGGAGCCGAUAGCCAAGUUAGCAAUGGUGGUAGCAUCGUUGGGUACAAGAAGGCACUAGUAUACUACGAAGGGCCGGCAAGAUGUGGUGUCAAGACUGAUUGGAAAAUGCAAGAGUAUAGGCUUGCCAACCAUGACACUCCAUCCACUUCUAGGGGCCAACCUGGUGACAUGAAGCUGGAUGACUGCGUCCUAUGUAAGAUAUACAAAACGAGAAAAGCGAAAGCAAAUCCAGAAAACAACGACGAGGAUCAAGAGGAUGAAGAGAUGCAAGUUCCAACUCCCAAUGAAGAGUGGCCAAAUACAGAAUGCCUUGACAAGAACCAACAAUGUUCACAUAAAGGAGUUGAAGAGAUGCUGCCAAAUGCAGAAAAUCCAAGAGACAUCCAGCAGUACUGUUAUGCCCAAGGGAUGCAAACUGCAACUCAAAAUGAAGAGCUGCUGCAAAACGCGAAAAAUCCAGGGAACAUUCAGCAGUAUCAGGAUUAUCAAGGGACGGAAGUUGCUGUAGCUGAGGAAGAGUUUCCAAAUGCAGGUGAUCCACAGCCACAUCACAACAUGAGUCACCAUGAAUCUCCUCGGCUGCUGCCAUUUCCCGAUACACUGGACUACUACAAUUGUUAUGAUCAAGAUAAUCCUAGAUCUUAUGAUGUUUGCUUCAAUGGCUCAGUUGACUAUAUGCAGCCGCUUGAUUACCUGCUUGCUCCUGUUCAGUUUGACAGCUUCGAUUAUGAUCUUUUCCCUUGAUCAAAGUGUACAGACUAAAGGAGAUCUCCCUGAUUUUGGAGAAAUUAUUUUAUG